AUGAAAGAAUCAGACACAGACUUGAAGAAUGUGAAGGGUUCACGUACCAGAUACAUAGUCCUUCUAUUAGGUACUCUAUGUAUUGCCAGUAUUGCUUCCAACAUGAUUGUUUUCAAUUUUACUGUCAUUUGUAUGACCAAUCCUAAUAACGCUACAGAAACAUCAUCAAGCGUUUAUUCUCAAGUACAAAUUUCACAGCUGAAUUGGGCUGUUGGUGUUGGAACUUUACUCGCUGCUUGGCCUUUCCAUUGGUUCUACAUGAAAUACGGGGCACGCGUUGUAUUUUUCGUAGCUGGUCUGAUCUCAGCUCUUUCUACUGUAUCGAUUCCACUAGUGGCAUUCAAUGAAUUCUAUCUUUUCCUUCUAGCGCGUUUCGCUCAGGGAAUAUCAUUCGGAGCUGAUUUUGCUGCCAUUGGGUUGAUUGUCGUUAAUUGGGCAACGCUCAAACAGCAUGGCUUUUUCAUUUCAUUAUUGUCCUCUUUCUCACAAAUAUCUGUCAUGUUCACAAUGCCAUUGGCUGGAGAGUUAUGUGAAUCAAACUUGGGAUGGCAGAGUGUCUACUAUGUGCAUGGCUUACUCAGCGUUGUACUAUUUUCGGCAUGGCUCUACUAUUACAGAAAUGAUCCAGCCGACCAUCCAAAGAUAACUGAAAAAGAACUCGGAAAAAUACAUAGUGGAAAAGAAGAGACUCUUGACGAACCAGAUGAGACUCCUGUCAGAGCUAUCAUGAGCAACAAAGUCAUUUGGGCUGUUUGGUUGUCUGCUUUUGGUGAACUUCUGAUGUCUCAGUUCAUAGUUAUGUACGGAUCGAUAUAUCUAAAGGAGGUUUUGGGAUUCCAAGUCGCACAUACCGGCUAUUUCGUUGCAAUCCCAAGAGCGUUACACUUGGCAUUCAAGGUUAUUUCUGGCAUUGCUUCAGACAAAAUCCAGUUCCUUUCCGAGAAAGCCAAAAUGAAAAUAUUCAACAGCAUCGCUUUGAUGGUUUCCGGAUUAUUCUUCUGCUUGCUCGGAUUCUUACCAAAGGAUUAUUCCAAUUAUGCUCUGGCUUCCCUCUUGGCUAUCGAAAUCUCUACCGGUUUCAUUUGUGGUGGUUUCUACAAAUGUGCAACGCUUGUAUCCAGACAGCAUUCUCAUUUUGUUCUUUCCCAAAUUCAGUUCAUAAAAUGCUUAUCACUUUUUAUUGAACCAUUGUUGGUGUAUCUUCUCUGUCCAGAUAACACGUUGAUUCAAUGGAGAGUCGUUUUCCUUAUACACGGAUUCCUUCUCAUCGGAGGAAAUAUUGUAUUUUGCUUGUUUGCUACUGACAAGCCAGCCGACUUCACGAAACCAAGAAAUCGUGUACGAGUACCACUGGUUGAUGUACCUACAGAAAGAGACAGACUCACUAAUUCGGGAGAAUAA